UACUGGUACUUUUUACCCCACGCACCAUAAUAAUUGAGAAAUGAUUAUUGCCAGCGACUAGUUUGGGCGUUUGUAUAAUUUAAGUUGUAUUUUCGCAACAUUUCUUGCCGUUCGGUAGCAGAUAAGGUAGCAGCGUUACGUCGAUAAUAAAAUUAAUUUUCUUUGCUGCCUGAUUUCGAUACCUUCGGGUCUAUCUAUACCACCUUUAUUACACACCGUGAAAUUUACGUUUUAAGAUUUAUAGUCAACUGCCAUACAAAGAACUACGUAUAUGCUUUACAUAUCCCACUGUACGAUCGAACUUUUUUUUUCCUUCUUUUAAAGUUUAAUUCUUAUCUCACAAUAAAGUGUAUCGGUUUCGAGCCGGUCUGUAGUGAAAGGAUAUGAUUUGAGAAGGAAAAGACGGUUUUUAGGUGUUCAUCUGGUAGCCGAGGUCGAUCCUUAAUGGCCCAUGCGAUGGUAAUUGGCAAUCUGCCGGUGGACCGCGUAAUAAUUGUACCAACAUCUCUUGGGAUCGUCGGGUUGUUGUUUUAAAUUAUACAUUAAACGUUCAGCCGAGAAAAUCGACCUGAAAAUGGGUUAUUGCAGGUCAGGCUCUUGGUCGAUUAAAAGAGAUAAACCAUCACGUCGAUCACCACACUCCAACUUUCCGUCCGGGUUCCAGCAUCAGCUGCCGCCACGCUGUACCCAGCAGCAGACUCCCCCAAGAAGGCUUGGAAGCCGUACGAACACCUGCUGCCCGCCAUGACGAUGGCAGAAAGCACCCUCGAGGCACACGUCGCCCCCACCCAAGACAAAACCAACAACAACAACCACCCGAUGGUUCACAACCACAACCAUCGCCCUAUGGUGAAGCAACGAAAGCGGAAACGGUUGAGUCAGGUUCUUGAUAAGCUCACUGGUGCAGGCGUGAGUGUCAAGGAAGAAGAACCACAACCGAUCAACAAUAACUUAUACAAUAACAACGAGGGAGACAAGGAGGCUUUGAGCAAGAAACAUUACUCUGGAGAGGUGUUUAGGUUUGACCAAGUGGCUAAGCAGAUAAGUGAGGAGGAUGACGUGUUCAGUCCGGCGAGCUCAAGUAAUAAGUCACCUCACAGCUCAACCGAAUCGCCGAGGAUCAGCUUUAGUCCCUUGAGGAUCAAAGAAGAUGACACGAGCCCGUCUCCCCCAACUUUUCAUCAUCGUGGUCCAGUAUGUCCCUGCUACCAGUGCGUUACCGGUGCGGGUCACCAUCCUCCUCCUGUACAUCCAUACGACAGAUUCUUUCCUGCUUCCCCCAUAAGUCCUUUGACUCCAGCAUCUCCUGCACCGAGUAAUAACUUCGAGCGCUACCUGCACUCGAAAUACCUUCCGGACAUCUUCAGACGACGUAGCCACUCGGACUCAGAUCUACCGCUAUGGUUCGAAAAUGUAAAAGAAGAACAGAAACCUCCAGUACCUUGGCCUCUUGCGGCCAGAAAUCCACCGGUAGACAGCCGUCAGUCACCGCAAGAAUUCCCUCUGGAUCUAUCCAUGAAGGGCAUCAAAGCCAGAGAAAAAGCCGCAGCCACUUCGUUGGAAUGCCUUACAGCUCCGCCACCACUACCGCUCCUCCCUAUGGGAUUCUUACCACCAAGAGGCUCCGUGUCGGUGCCAGUGGUCAAAGGUGACGUGGCAUCUCCAACCACCAAGGAGUCAGUAGCCUCACGUUAUAACCUCGAGGUCUCCCCAGUGGUGGAAGAGAUGCCCCCAGGUUCAGACGUGGCCUUCGUAUGCCCCAUUUGUGGACAAAUGUUCUCGCUCCACGACCGUCUUGCCAAGCAUAUGGCUUCGAGGCACAAAAGUAGGCAAAACUCUUCAGAAUCAACCGCUAAAGCGUACUUAUGCGAGGUGUGCAAAAGGUCGUUUGCCCGAAGCGAUAUGCUGACAAGACACAUGAGACUUCACACCGGUAUUAAGCCGUACACUUGUAGAGUUUGCGGUCAAGUGUUCUCUAGGUCGGACCACUUGUCCACCCAUCAGAGGACACAUACGGGCGAGAAACCUUACAAGUGUCCGCAGUGUCCUUAUGCUGCUUGCAGAAGGGAUAUGAUUACGAGACAUAUGCGCACACAUACCAGAUAUGAACCUGACGGUUUGAAUAGUGCGCAGCCUGUUAAGACUGAGAGUAGCCAAUGAUGGCCAGGUGGAGAAAUAUCGUUGGUUUUUUAUGGUAUUUUUAGGUGGAAGGGGGCCUAGGACCAUUCUGUGGGUUGAGUUGAGUGGGAAGUCAGGGGGUUGUGAUGCUGUGAUUGACAUUUUUGAUAAAAUUUUUGAUAUUAGGGGUUUUUAUAAGAGGAUGUAGUAAGGGUGUCUCUUGGGUUGAUUUGCUACUUAAAGUUGCUAACGUUUCCUCAAUUGUCACGGUUCUUUAGAGCGUCAUGGUCUUCUGAUUUACUUAUUUGGUCAGUUUUCCAGGUAGAACAGCUUUUGUUUCACUAGAAGGUUUAUGGUGAAUGUUUACUGUUUCAUUUUCUGGUCAUAUGCACGAAAAUUAUGUAAAGGCAAGGGUUUUAAUUGUGUGUUUUUUUCAGAAAGUUUUUCUUUUUCUUGCUAAAUAUUACUUCUAAUCUGAUUAAUAAACUCCUCAUGAAUGAUGAGUUUUCAAGCCUAAACUAUUGGAGAAGUCCAUUUUGGAAGUAGGGUAAUUGAUAAAGAAGAUUCCUUCUUAGAAGGAAGUCCUUUCUCCACAAAAUAAAUCACUCUUAUUGUAAAUCUUUUUUAAUGCACAGGUUUGUUAUAAAGAAAUAAAAUGAGUGGUCUAAGUUGUGUAAGUACGAUUUCCGAGAUUUUCUGACAUUUUAUGAAUCGAAAAAUGUGUUUGAUGUUGCAUUUUUCUAGGGUUUCUGGCAGCACAAGAUCAUUGAUUCAUCUUGAAUAGUGUCAAAUAUUUCAAAUAUGUAUUUCUGGCUAAAAAAUCUAAAAAAGAUUGAUAAAAGUGUUUGUUUAAUAAUUCUGGAGAAGAUCUUCAGUGUUCUUGUAAGAAUUCGAUCAUUGCCUAUUUAGUUUCAUAGAGGAUGCAUAUUUGUCUAAACUGUUGAAGAAUCUCUUCAUUGGAUGGUUUUUACGUAGAUUACUAAACUGAAUAUUCUAGGAGAAGUAAGGGUUGGACUAGGUUGCAAUUUUCUGACAUUUUUUGAAUAAACAAAUCUACUAGGUCGUCAAGUCUUGAGUUCUUCUGGAGGUUCUGAAAGCAUUUUAUCUUUGACUAAUCUUAAAUACUGCCAGACUCUUUAAAUGUGUAUUUCUCUUUAAAAGUUCUUGAGUAAAUCUUACGCGUUACUGCAGAAAUUCGAUCAUUGCAUAUGUAACUUCUUAGAUGAUGAAUAUUCGCUUAAACUAAUAAAGAUCCUAUUUAUUGGAUGGCUUUUACAUAAAAAAAGGAACUGAAUCUUCCAGGUAAAGUAAGGGUUGAUUUGAGGUGGAAUUUCAAAGGUUUUUUUAAUAAUUCUAAGAUAUAAGAAUGCAUUUAAGGGUCACAAUUUACAAUUCUUCCGUAGAUCAUGAAUCCUUUAACCAGGGUCUAAAGAAAAAAACUAAAACAAUAAUAAAUAUAAGUUUUUGACUUUUUCGAGCUUACUUUUUUCAAUAUUUUAAUACCUAUCUUCAUUCUUUUCUAAUAUUCUUACUACCACUUGGGUUAUAAAUAUUCUCCUUACUGCGCUCUUUUCUAAGGGUUGGGUAAGGUUUCACAGACUUUCUUCUUUUCAUUACAAGAAAGAAAUGAUUUAAAGUCAAGAGUUUCUACUGUGUUUUCUUCAGUGAGCUUACUGUCUUUUUGUUCAUAAAUGUGACAUGUCAUCUGAUUGAUAAGCUCUUAAUAAAUGUUAAAUAUUCAGGCUUAAACAAAAAAUCCUUUUUAUCAUAAAUGAGAUGGAUAUUCUAAGUGGUGUAAGAAUUAGAUUCAUUGAUAACUUCUUAUAUGACUAUUAAAGAUCUUAUUCAUUGGAUAGCUUUUGUAUUAAAGACGGAACUGAAUCUUCGAGGUGAGGUAAGAUUAUCUUGACUAAAAGAUUGGGUUUAGUGAAAAGAAUCUUCAAUUCUUUUGUAGAUCUUGAAUUCUUCCAUCAGAAUCUAUCUAUGAGGUAAAAUACUAAGAAAAUAUAACUUUUGGACAAGUUGUGAAUUUUCGACAUUUUUGAACAUAUUCUUUUCUGGGUUUUUUUUGUAAAUAUUAGUUCUUGCUACUUUGCAAAUUGCUCUGACACUUGCCUCAAUUUUUUUUAUAUUUCCAUCACUUCUUCUUAAGUGAACUUUUCUUCUUCUUUUGAAAAUCCUCGUUACUGGAGAUCUUUGUAAGUAUAGGGUUUCAAAGAUUUUAUCGUAUUAAGAAUUUUUCGUAGAAAACUGUAGGAAAGAGGUCUCUGGAGCUUUUAGGAGAAUUUUAUCUUUAACUGAUCCUGGAUAUUCUUACGCUAUUUACUUCUAAAUGUGUUUAUUAAAAAUAGAGAAAAUCUACGGGGUUUUAUAAGAAAUCUGCCUACUCUUUAUUAAAAAACUCCUAAUCCCCAGAUAUUUUCAUGUUAGUAAGUCGACUUAAGAGGCAAAAAAUAACAAAUUAAUACCAAUGUACAAGAAUGGUCCUAUAUCCCAUGACAAAACAGUAGCUCAAAAUACUCUGUCAUAUUAAAUUAUGUAUUAUAUGGUAAAUAUACACUUAUGUAAUAUAAUAUUUGCAAAAACCCAAAAAAGAUUUUACAAGACAUUCUCUUUUUUAUAUAUUAAAAACCUUAUGUCAAUAAAUCUAGUCCAAUUGGUAAAAUAUUUUUUGGAUAGUUUGCUCGAAAAAAAAUUGUUAUUAUUAUUAUAUGGUUAAGAUCUCAAAUCAUUCCAGAGUAUAUGCAGGGUUUUUAGGACAUCCUGUAUAAAAGCAAACAAUUAUCGCCCAUAAGGCCAGUUAAGGGAAGACAUUGACAAAAGACAAUCCUUUUUACUCUUUAUUACUUUUUAUAUUAUUAAUAUUAUUAUUGUGCCAAAAAAAAGUUGUUGGUAACAAAAACUUGUUGUUAAAAAUUAUGAUUAAUUUUUUACAUUAAUUAACUAUUGAAUAAAAUUCUUAAUGAUCUGAUUUGUAUAAUGGUUAAAUACUCUGUGAUAUAUUAAACAAAAAACAAAAUUAAACAUCUUAGGAUUAAAUUUUUAGUGCUAAAGUUUGCGUUGCCUAUUUUUGAUAUUAGAAUUAUUCUUUAUCUGUUCUUAUUAAAGUUAUUGUUAAAAAGUGCCACGGAAAUGUUGUUUGUACAUAUAAUCAUUGUUCCUGUCCCACUGUGUAAAAGACGUAAUUUAAUUUUUCUUGAUACCAUUUUGUUAUAUUGUUGGAACAAAAAGGAAACGCGAGGAGGCUUAAGGUAGUUAUUUAUUAUUGCGGUAAUUAAAAUAAAACGGUUCAAAACCCAGUUUAAGUUUAACUUAUUUAAUUUUUAAGUUAUUUUGUAUUUAUUUGUAUAUUUAUUUUUGGUAGCUUGUAGAAAAGAGGCUUUUUUUUACUUUUUUUUUAAUUUGAUAUUUUGUUACUUUCGUUCUUUAUAUCUAUGAUUUGAUGUCUUUUUGUUACUUUUCGAAAUAAAAAUUUCAGUUUUUUUCAAUA